AAAGGAGAGGACAAGUAACUCUUCCACUUAAAUGAUCAGAGUAGACAAACAACACUAAUCAGUCUGUGGUAAAAAGAAAAAUUCAUCGGAAAACUUGAAUAUCAACUUGAGAGUGCCCAGUUACUCAGAGCCAUGGAGACACAGUCCAGGGUGAUGUUUAGGAAUGUUGGGCAGUUGUAUUUCCCUGAAAGUAGAGUGGAGUGCCACUACAGUUUAACCUCCAAACACCAGUGGUCCAAUAAAGACUGGAUAGGGAUGUUCAAGGUGGGUUGGUCAUCAGUGAAGGACUACUACACCUUCUCUUGGGCCCUUGCUCCUGAAGGUUACAUUGAAGGAACCAAUGUCAAUUGCUGUGUACAUUUCCAAGCUUUUUACCUCCCCCAGCCUAGUGAGGUGGAGUACCAGUUUGUGUAUGUGGACGAGAAUGGGAAGAUUUGUGGCUGCAGUCGACAGUUCACUUUCUGUGCUCCCAAACCCCUGGAUGAGCUGGAGACUCUGGAGGAGGAAAGGGAUGGAGACGAGGAGGGGGAUGGAGAGAUGGAGGACCUGCUUCUGGUGGUACCCAGGGCUCAGCUCCUGCAGAGCCGUCUGGAAGAAUGCCUGAGAGAACGAGAAAACUUACAACUGGCCCUGGAGAAAUCCAAGAAAGAGAAGGAAAUUGAGAUAGAAAAAAUUGAGAAGGCAAAGAUGGAGUGGGAGAAAGAGAAAGAGGAGAUGAAGGAGGGGAUGAAGGACCUGAGGGGAAACCUUAAACACAGCUGGGACAAGAUAGAGAAGAUCGAGGGGAAACACAAGGAUGUGCAGUAUUCGCAGGAAACCUUGUCCACUGAGCUCAGUGGCCUAUUGGCUGCAAAAACUGAAAGUAAGCAGAAAAUCAGAGAGCUGGAAGAUGACAUCACGGCUUUGACUGGUAGAGGGAAGGAGACCGAGGCUGAACUGGAAAGAAUGAAGGAGAGAGUGAAAAAGAUGUACAUUCAAAGGAGGGAUGAAGAGCUGGAGAAAAAGAAUUUGCAUAUAGAGAACCAUGAAGCCCUGGAGGAACUGCGGGGGCUGCGGGAUCGUCUGCAGGCCAGUGAGCGGGGGGCAGAGGCUCUGCGCCGGGAACUGUGUGAGCUGGGGGUUCAGCAGAGCCACACCCACGCUGAGCUGCACCAGAUGCGUCUGCAGGCCGCACAGCUGACCCUGCAGUUGUCUGAAACCAACCUGUCCCUUCGGGAGGGGCGUGCCAACUGGGCCCAAGAGAGAGAGGCCUUCAAACAGGCUGCAGAGACUGAUAAAGACAGAAUCCAGAAGAUGAGUCGGGAGGCCCAGCGUAAGGAAGAGUGGCUGCAGGAAGAGAGGCUGGAAAGAGAGAAGCUAGAAGUGGAGCUCAACAGGGAGAAGGAUUGCAACAGGGUGCAACUCAGCAAUGCACGCAAGGAGGUGCAGGAGCUGAGGACCGGUCUGAGGAUUCAAGAGAAGGAAGGAGAACUGCAGACCAUGGAAAAACAGGCAAGGAUGCAAUGCUCUGAUGAGGACAUGUUUGAGUUUCUCAUGUCAACAGAGAUUGUACCUUUUUUUAUUUUGUCUGUUUAAAUGAUUUUGUGGUUUUCAUACUACAUUUAUUUUCUGUCCUUCAAUGACACACACACACACACACAGGACAUGCUGGACUACAUACGUCAGUUAGAGCAGAGACUGGAGACUGUGGCAGAUGACAGAUGGACUGAAGCAGCUUUACUCUCAUCCACUCCUGAAUCCUUACCUGAGGAGGACUUGCCCCCAGCUGGGGCCCUGGUCCUGUCCCCCUACGAUGAUUACCCUGACAGGGUGAACAGCCCAACCCAGCCAGACUCCCUCCAUCACAACAAGUCAGACGACAAAUAUAUGGAAAAGGACGAGAUGGAGCCACAUCACAGCCAGAGAUGUAGUGAGGAGAAGCCUCUGAUUCUGUCUGACCACACUGACUCCAUCCUGAGUGAACUAGCAGACUCCCCAUUGUGGUAACUGUCAGAUUGGGAUAAAGGGAACACGGCAACGUCAAAGCUGCAGACAUCAACAUCUCUAGUAAUAUGCAAUGGUAACUUCUACAAAUCCCAUUUUUCAAAUAAUGUGUGACAACUGAGUUUUUUUUAUGAGUUUGGUUGUUAGGUGUCUUUCUUUAUUGAUUUAUAGAGGACUUUCAGGGUUCUUUUUAGAAAUAGUGUAUGAAAUGAAUUAGGCUAUUAUCUUAAUUUACCUCAUAAACAUAUUGAGGAUAUUCAAAGAAUAUAGCAUAAAAUGCUUACCUUAUAUGUUAUCUGUUUUUAAUAGCUUUUAAGUUGUGCUAUUACAUAGAAUAUAUUAUUAACAUGUAUUACAGAUGUGAUGAGGCAACACUUUACAUUAACAUUUGGAGUCUAUUGUCAGCUUCUGAACAUGAAGAAGAUAACAUUCUACAUGUGAGUGUUCAUGGGAUAAAUAGGACUUGACUAAUGAUAGCUCUGGUAUAAUCCAAGUUAUUACAUCCUUUAGAUAGCAUAGAUUUGAUAAUUGUCCUACAUCAACAUAAUAACCAUGUAUGAGUGUAAGAGUGGUAAGAUGUGUGAGUGUGUGAAGGUUUGGAGAAGAAACUGUUUUUAUGAUGAGUGUGGUCUGUGUUUAAGGCCUAGGUGUGUGCUGAUACAUUUUGAGAAUUCAGAUUCAGAUUGACUGUGUGGAUUUUUGUAAUAAACACUGAUUGAUGCUG